AUUAAUAUCCAGGCAAUGGACGAAGACGGACCUGGCCGUUGCCGUAAAGCGGCGAAAAGAGGCUUUACGUCAGUUCGAGAACGGCUUUGUCCGCUUUUCCUUCGCUCAUUGCUUUCGGGGUUUCGAGGGAUCAUGGCGGCGGGGGAAAUGAAGUCCGUUUUAUUCGUAUGUCUGGGGAAUAUUUGCCGGUCUCCCAUAGCUGAAGCUGUUUUUAGAAAACUUGUAACUGAAGAAAACCUUGAGAACAAGUGGAGGAUAGACAGUGCAGCAACCUCUACAUAUGAAAUAGGAAAUUCCCCAGAUUAUCGAGGCCAGAAUUGCAUGAGAAACCAUGGCAUAAUUAUGAAUCAUAUUGCCAGGCAGGUUACAAAAGAUGAUUUCCUGUCAUUUGAUUAUAUUCUUUGCAUGGAUGAAAGCAAUUUAAAUGACUUGAAAAGAAAAUGCAAUCAAAUUAAAAAUUGCAAAGCUAAAAUUGAACUUCUUGGUAGUUACGAUCCAGAGAAUCAGCUUAUUAUUGAAGAUCCAUAUUAUGGAAAUGAUGAAGAUUUUGAAACUGUUUAUCAACAAUGUCACAGAUGCUGUAAAGAAUUUUUGAAAAACCCUCAUUGAUGUGGUUAUGUUUCUGAACGUAAAUAAUUCUAUGACAUUAGUGCAAAAUCUCAAUUGACAUUAAACUAUCAUAGUGUGCCUCUAAAAUAGAUACAUUUGUGCAUUCUUAAUUUUAAUUUUUGUGGUAUACUGAAUGGGUAUACAUUAUUUGAGAAGAUGUUUUUUCAAAAUUAAAUUGAUUUUAUCAAAUAUAUGAUGAAUGAAUAUUGUGCUGCUCAUCUAUAUAAGAAAAAAAACCUGUUGGUACUCAACUAAGUGAAUAAAUAUGUGUAAUUCCAUAUACAGGUAGUCCUUGACUUGUGACUUGUCUCUGGGGGGUGCUCGACACAGGCCACGUACAAAUUGUAGGGGUACUAUGGCGUGCCACAGAUGCAGGGAGGCCAGGGAAAGGAGCUGUAGUUGAUGACCCUGCAGUGCAGCGAAACAAUGUGACACUCAGAAAGAAGCUUUCACAGUGAGGCAUAAAGCAGCCUUCCCAUCAUGAACCCUGAAUGCCUGGGAAACUACAAACCAGCUGCCCUCACUGCCCUGCCCUGCCCGCCCCAUGCCAACUGACUUUCAUCAGUUUUAUCAAAAAGAUGAAAAAUGCUAAAGGCAGCAGCUCAGCUGCAGUGUCUUAACAUACCUCUUUUCCCAUGCUCCUGGGCAGGACUGGAACACUGGAGCUUGCUUCGUGUUGGGAAAAAAAUCUUGCCUCACUUUGCCCUGGCUCUGUGAAGAGAUCACAAUUUCCCGAGGCUGCGCAAAAUACUCUCAAUUCUAAAAGCUAAAGUUUCAGCUGGCUUUAGCAUUUUUCCAUGCAAAGAGUCAGACUGGGCAUGCCUCAUAAGCUUGAUAGUUUUAAGAAGUUUCAGGUUGACUUUCCUGGGUUAAAACCAUCAAGCACACAUUCCUAGAGGAGAUCAACACCCUUGGAGAGUCCGGGGCAUUUGGAACUUCCAAUGAGGCAGCUGCUUUGUGCCGCACUGUGGAGGCUUCCAGAGUGUUCGGCCCUGGGGAGGGCUGAUUGCUUUGUCCUGCACUAUUCAACUUCCCUGGCAUUUAAGGUCAUAGAUGGGGGCAGGAGAGAGAGGCAAGUGGAAGGAACUUGAAUUUUGAUCAUGUGACUGCAGGGAGGCUGCAGUGGCUCUAACUUCAAGCAUGGGUCAUAUGUCCCUUCAUUCAGCGUGGUUGUAAGUCGACUGCCUACAUACAGAUAUAUAACAGUUCAUUUAGUGACCAUUUGAAGUUAUAAUGGCACUGAAAAAAGUGACAUGACCUUUUUCAUAUGUAUGACCUUGCAGCAUCCCUAUGGUCACAUGAUUGGAAAUUGCAGUGAUUCAUUUAACAACUUUGGCAAGAAAGGUUGUAAAAUGGAGCAAAACUCACUUUUGGGCUCAAUUGUGGUCAUAAGUCGAGGACUAUCUGUAUUAUAGAUACAUAAACAUUCUUGGAUGUGUAAAUGUGGCACAGAAGUCUGUUUCCUGUUGCUAUUAUUAACUAUAGUGUUCUAAACAUUUUUUUCACAUCGAAACUUUAUAAAUACUUACCUGUACAUUUUUAUUUGUCAAUUGCUAGAUGUCUGAAAACUAUAUUUUGAUAUCCUUUCAUCACUAUAUACAAAAUAUAGAUGUGGAGGUGAGCCAGAAAAAAAUAAUAAUAUAGGAAAGAUUUUAUGAUAUUCAGCCAUAUAAAAUGCUGUGAUGCAAAUAUUUGCAGUUCUGCAUUAGCACUGACAAAAUAAUUCCCUGUUGGUAUACUCUUUUUUUAAAAGAAUACAAAUUGAAGUAAAUAAUUGCUUAUUUAUUUUUAAACUUAAAAUAGCUUUAAAGGCUAUUGACAUGAUGUUUGAAAAAAGUACUAUAGCAUUCUGAAGUAAGAUAAUAAUAGAUUAUGUGUUUCAAGUUCUGAUCAGUUCCUUUACAGUUCCAGCACUAAUAGAAAUAAGAGUAGACUAUGUAAGGGUAAACUUCCUUCAUUUCCAUAAUAUGAAAAAACUAAAAAAAUUAUGUUAGGAAAUCAUUACAUUCUUGUUUGUUACACAAAUGUAACCUUAUGGAUCCUGGUAUAUAUUUGUGGAAGGCAUAAAAUGAUUGAGGGAAGGAUUUAAAAGCCUAGAGAGUUUGUAGUUUUCCAGUGGAAAUAAAACCACUACCCUCCCCUCACAUUUCAUGCCUCUUUUUACUGAUCUUCCUUAUGACAUCAUUGGUUUCUUUCUUUUCUUCACUUGCUUCCUCCUACUUUUGAAACAACAUUGUUUAUGGAUGCUUCAAGAUUAAGCCAAAGAGAAGUUGUUAGACAGAAGCAGGCAGCGAAGUCCAUAGUAAGCUGGCAAAGAUCUGCUUACUAAAAAAGCACAUACUGAAGGAUGUUGACAUAAACCAGUGAUUCUAUGUAAAUAUUGUAUGAGUCAUUUCUACUGAUUAUUGUCAGUACAUGCAGUGUAAUAUUGUGUGGUUAAUUAAUUGUUUAAAAGAUAACAGAGGAUUGUAUGCAAUUGUUUGCCAAAACUUUCAUCUUCUACUCAGAGCAUAUGAAUUUUGCAAUUAUUCAGAGUGUUGCCAUAAUCCCUUUUUAGCCAAGAAUCCUUAUAAACACUGCGUGGAGAAGUACAAGCCAGCACUAUUUUCCCCCUUCUCUUUUAGAGUUAGUUUUUGUGUGUUUUCAAGUCUUCCCAAAAGAGGAAUCUUCAUAGGCCUGUAGUGGAUUCGCUGCUGUUCGUGUUACCUUCUGGAUUUGUCAUUUUUAAGCCAUAAUUCCUAUUAAUAAGACACUUUGCUUAAGUUCUAUUAAAAAAUACUCUAGGGACCUGUUUUGCUUUCAUGAAUGUCAGGUUUUAUUUCAAGCAAAUUUACAGACUUCAUAAUUAACUUCCAGGUUUGUGAUUAGUAUGUGCAAGAUCAAAUAAAAUAGUGAAAAAGCUA